AUGUCGUCCGAAACAGAGUCCUGGCUGUCAAAGCUUGGCGCCGAAAGUGGCUUUACCACCAUCCUUCGAUCUUGCCGCGACACCAAAGUUCUAUGCUUGCAACGCUUCGUGCGACUCUUUGCCUACGGCGCAUCUUUUCUCAUCCUUGUUCAUUUUCUGUCAAGCCUUGGAUUCUCUGAUGAACGCAUCGGAUUGUUCAUGACUUUGACACUUCUUGGAGAUGUUGUCAUCAGCUUUCUGCUCACCACGAUUACCGACCAAGUUGGCAGACGGAAGAUUCUGGCAGCAGGGGCUGCAUUGAUGGUCAUGAGUGGCUUCGUCUUUGCAUACUUCGGCAACUACUGGGUUCUGGUUGCUGCCAGUAUCGUUGGCGUAAUCAGCCCGAGUGGAAACGAAAUUGGGCCUUUUCGUGCUGUUGAAGAGUCUGUCCUUGCCCAACUCACAGACAGAGAGCAUCGAAGUGACAUCUUCGCAUGGUAUACUCUCUUCGGAAGUGCAGGCGCCGCUCUAGGUACGCUGACUUGCGGUUGGGUUGUGCAAGUCCUCGAAGAAAACGACUCUUGGACAACGGACGAGGCAUACCGAGUUGUUUUCAUCAUUUACGCGGCUCUUGGCGUCGUCAAGCUGAUCCUCAUAUUUGGUCUCAGCUCUGCUGUUGAGGUCGGCCCGCCGAAGUCAAGUAACGACGUGACGCGGCCACUUUUAUCGGCAGACUCGAGCAACUCCGAAGAUGGGAAUAAUCCUCAAAGUCCGGCGCCAACAGCACUUCAGCGCUUACGAUCCUUAUUCCCGUACAUCUCACCUCUGUCACGAUCAAUUCUCUUCCGACUACUUAUCCUCUUUUGCUUGGACUCUUUUGCGUCUGGAGUAGCGUCACCAUCCUGGCUUACGUACUUCUUCACCACGGUACACUCUCUCCAACCGGGAUCAUUGGGCACGCUCUUUCUGGUCACGAACCUUCUGGCCACUGUCUCGAACCUCGUUGCUCUUCCUCUGGCACGCCGGCUCGGGCCUCUCAAGACAAUGGUAUUCACACACCUGCCUUCGGCUGUCUUUUUGUCACUCAUACCUCUUCCUGGUCCUGGUCCCUCGGGAACCUGGAUUGCUAUGGCACUUCUGGCCUUGAGGGCUUGCACGCAAAGCAUGGACCAGGCGCCUAGGCAGGCUUUCCUAGCUGCUGCAGUGCUUCCUAAUGAAAGAACUGCGGUUUUGGGGGUCGUUAACAUCGUCAAGACGUUAGCACAGGCUGGCGGCAUUGGUGCAGUGGGUGUCUUGUCUGGCAAGAAUCUUUGGAUUCUUGCUUUGAGUGGUGCGGGUGUUAUGAAGGCUUGCUAUGACUUCUUGAUGCUGGGGAUGUUUUUGGGCUUGAAGGAUCGAGAAGAGGGUAGCGGGAAGUCGCGAUCUCGAGAUGAAGAAGAGUCAUAA